UGUGUUUACUGCAAAGGUAUCGCAUGAUCUGAAUUAUAUAUGCGACCAAAAACUUACUUCUGAAAUGAUGGCAGAGAUAAAACGAUUUGUAACUCUUACCAUUGAGCAAAGUUAUAACAGACAUGGACUGCAUUUGGAUAGUUAUUCUGAAGAGCAGCUGGAUAACUUCAUACAUAACCCACAAAUAUUGUUACUUCAAGGCAGCAUAGCAAAAGGAGGUUCAAUUUUGCUUCAGACAAAAGUGGAGGACGAUAAAACCAAGUCCGUGGUAUUUUAUAAAACAGCUCCAGAAGAGCUAACUAAAGAAGACGCAAUAAGCAAUAUAAAUAUUAUAACUUUGACAAACAAUGCUGCAGCAUCUUUGUAUCUAAUUUUGAAGCAAGUCUACUCGCCAUUGUUGUCUACUACUAAUGAUUUGUAUUCAAGUAAACUACAUAAGAACUUAACAGACCUUCAGUCUGUUUUAAAAAUUCUUACUUAUGGAAAAAAGGAUCAAGACAUUAUUGUCAUACAAUCAGUGGAAGAUGAAAUUGACUACUGGAAGACUCUGGCUCAGAAAAAGGACGCGCAUAAAAAGGAGAAGGAGUCAGCCUCAUCCUUUUGCGAAUUGUUUGAAGAUAUUAGUGAAGAAAUUCAAUCAAUGCCAUCACUUCCUAUGUUGGAGGUCAGGGAAGCUGUGGAGAAUGUGGGAGGAGCUUUGGAUGAUGUUUGGAGAAUCACGGUCAAGCCCUAUCCUCAGGACAGGAUGACGCAUAUCUUUGAUGUUAUAGGGCACAUAAUUUGUAAAAUAAUUGAAAAAGCAUUCGCGAACGUACAGAUUUGGACAGUAAACGGACAGCCUAAAGACAACGAGAUCCUAACACUAAUCUCAGAGAGUCUGCACGUGGCGGAGACGUGGACCGGCGCUUGCAAGUCGCUCACGGAGACCUACUGGCCGAAUUACGCGCUCCACGCCUGGACUGGCAAACCUUAUGUGCCCACGUUUUGUUUGAACAUUCAGGACCGGCUAAAACAGAUUCAUGAGAUAAGGUCUACGUACAAUCAAUUAAUCAAGCUACUUACAAACGACGAACGUGCAGAUUUAAAAACGGACAGAAUGUUUGAACCCUUUCAAGGUAUAAAUGUAUGGAUGUGUAAUGGACCAACUCAUGCUUGGGAUGCUGCAGUCUCACGGUUUUCAAUUAACCUUCGACCAGCCGAAGCAAAUAUCUCUGAAAAACUAAGGCCAAGGCUACACAACACAUCUACUAAACAGAUGUUAUACGAGUUCAUACGCUACAAAUCGCUGAUAGACAGACCGUUGGUGAAGAUAGCGUUGAACAGUGAACUGGAAAUCUUCAUUUCGUCUCUAAUCUCCAUGCUCAAGUCCAUACAGGCCCAGAUGGACUCGGACGAGGUGGACGUGAAAAUGUACCAGCCGCCGGAAAUGUCCCCCGUUGUACAGCAGGUGCAGUGGGCUAAGCAAAUGGAAGCGAAAGUUAAGGAUAUACAAAUGUGCGCGGAAAAGUAUUUAAAAGAGUUUGAAAACAGUGCUGAAUUACAACAACUUUCAAUGCAAGUGUUAAAAGAUCUUAAGGCGAUGUACACACAGUUACACGAGGAGUGGUCCAGAGAUUUGCAGGCGCAAGUUAAAAACGGCAAGCUCCAGCUGUCGCUAGACAAGCCCGUCGUGGAGUUCUCCGCGCAGAGCAAGAUGAUGGUGGUGAACUACAACCCCCGCCUGGUGUGGGCGGGGCUGGAGGCGCGCGCGCUGGCGGCGCUGGGGCUGCCCGCGCCGCCCGCCGCCGCGCAAGUGGACGCCGCGGCCGCGGCGCUGCAGCACGCGCGAGCCCUGCAGCAGGUGGCAUCAUUUCAUAACACUCUCGGCGAGCGCAUGAUCCCGUCGACGCGGCCGCUGAUGCUGCAGGCCGCCCUCGAGCUGUCCACGCUCGUCCAGGACCAGCGCGCCGUCUACUGGAACGACGAGCACCAGCUCCGCAACUACACCGACAAGCUGAAGAGCGCCGUGUUCCAGCUCGAGUCGCAGAAUACUUACUUGACAAGCCAGCACAUUGCGAUUCGGGGCAUAGUUGAAACCUUAAUGGACACUGAGCUGUUAGCAAAACAAGCCGAGUGGAAGAAGAAAAUUAAAAAUAUAAGAGAUAUCAUCGAGGCGGUUGAAGCCAACGGGUACAAGAACACAGAGCUAUGGAGGUCCCACUGGGACUGGCAGCUGUACAAAGCUCUCGAGUGCCAGUACAUAAAGACGCUGCUGUCUUUACACAAGCACUUCCCGCCGGUCAAGGUUGAUUUGGUUCUGCGAGGGCGCACAGUACGCGUUCAGCCGCCCUUAGAAGAGAUCCGCGUGCAACACUACCACCAGCUGCGCCGGCUGGUGGCGUUGCCCGCGCAGUUCGUGGGGCUGCAUACAGCCGGGGACUCCAUAUUCACCGCCAUCGCCGACAAGCACAGCUGGCUCGGCAACAAGGCAGUGAAGCAGCUGGAAGCGGCCAUGAGUGCCGUGGAGCGCACGCGCUCGGCGUGGACGCGGCGCGCGGCGCUGGCCUGCGUGCCCGACCUGCACGCCGUGUGCGCGGAACAACUCCGGGAGCCCGCCCACUGGGAAGCCAACUUCAAGGCUUGCAAGGCCUAUGGACAGGCGGUCGCCAAGAUGGCCUUCGACGACGAGAAAAUAGACUGGAUAGUGGUCGUAACAGCGACGCUGCGGCACGAGUUCGAAGCGCAAGCCCGCAACCUGUGGAGCUGCCUCAUGUUGUCGCUGCAGGCCAGCUGCCGCGCCGACGCCGCCGAGUUGGACGCCUUCAUGGCGGCCGCCGCGCUCGCGCUCGAGGACAAACAGGCGCCGAAGAACGCCAAGGAGCUGGCGGAGAUAAGCGCUAAGCAGCAAGCGAUGCGAGAGAAAAUGCCUGAGAUGGAGAAGACUGUGGAAAAUCUGAAGAAGAAAGGCCAUAUGCUGCGUACUUGGGGCGGAGAUGCUUCCGUCGACGGGACGAUAAAAGAGUGGCAGAAGGUUCAAGAGUUAAUGCAGAGCCGACAACAAAUGUUUGAACAUCAAGCUGAAGUAGUAAAAUCAAGCUUAAGCGGCGAAUGGGAGAAUUUGAACGGUGGGCUCGAGUCGUGGGCGUCGCGCUGGGCGCAGGCGCGCGCGCGGCUCGACGACACGCGGGGCGCCACGUACCGGGACAUGGUCGACAGAUGUCGCUCCGUGCUCGAGGCACACGCGCACUGGCUAAAGCUCCAGGCUGAUAAAGACGAGUUGCUGAAGGAAUGCGAGAAGUUCAACAUGGCACCGACCGUAUCUGGUUCGUGGGAGCAAGCUGAAAAACUUAUUACGGAAGAUAUGAACCUUUGGACGGUGAUGAAAGAGUACAAUGAAGAUUUUGAAUCUAUCGCUGAACAGGACUGGAUUGUGUUCCACAAGAAACUACAUCUGCUCGAUGACUUCACGUCCAAAUGGAGCUCGAAACUGGAACCGUAUACAACAGUCACUUUAUAUUUGAAGCAGGAACUUGAUAAGUAUUCUGAUUUGACCACAUUACUGAAGUAUGUUCGCGGUACCGACUUCACUGAGCGUCACUGGCACGAGGUCUACGGUAUUUUAGAGAUGGAAUACAAAAAACCAGACAGCCUCCAAGUGAAGGACCUCUUGAGUGCUGCGACCAAUAUAAAGAGGCACAUCAAGCUUCUGCAGAAAAUAAGUGCGAGCGCGUCCAACGAAUCGGCGAUCCGAAGCGCGCUGAACGAACUAGAACUGUGGUUCGCGGGCGCGCGCCUCGCCAUCACAUACUACAACGACAAAGCCAAGCGGCCCGUCUCCAUUGUCAAGGAUUUCAAAGAGAUACUCACUAAGAUCGAGGAGCAACAGUGGGUGGUGUCGUCGGUCGGCGCCGACGCCGGCGACGCGUGCGCCGCGUGGGACUCGAGGCUGCGAGCGGCGCGCCAGCUCGUGCGGGCCGCGAGCCAUGCACAAAGAAGAUGGUUAUACCUAGAGCCGAUCUUGUCCAGCGACGAAGGCGAGCUCGGCAUAAAGUUCCGGAAGGUCGACCAAGGAUUUCGACAGGCCACGCGCAUUUUCGAGGCGGACCCCAGGCUUUCGGUGCUGUUGCAAUCGGCCCGUCUGCAAUCAAUGCUGGAUUCCAUUUCUGAGCAAUUGCAUGCUUGCCAAUCUGCACUCAAACAGUAUAUGGACGAAAAGCGCUCUAUCUUCCCGAGGUUAUAUUUUCUGAGCGAUGACGAUUUGUUGGAGUUGCUCGGUCAAGCCCGAGCCGGGGCCGAGGGUCGAGAGGCGGUCAUGCAGACGCAUCUGAAGAAAUUGUUUCCGGGGACUAGUGGUGUGCGUCUUGGGCCUGAAAACAUGUCGAUUACGGCACUGCGCAGUCUUUACGGCGAAACGUUUCAGCUUGACCACCCGGUCGACAUAGACUGUCCUGUCGAGGUUUGGCUCAAGAACCUGGAAACGGAAAUGCGUUCAUCUCUAAAGAAUAUGACUAUAAAAUGCGUCGUUUCCAGUUCUCUACAGGAGCAGGAUCCAUUUUCGCUUCCGACACAAAUACUUUGCCUAGCUCAGAACAUACGGUUUACGGAACAAGCAGAGAAAGCUAUUGGUUCGAAAGAUCUUCACAAGUUGAUGGCUAACAUUGAGAAAGAGAGUGCAUACUACGCUGCCACUGAAACCGAGGAUGAAAGCGAGAAGCAGAAGCGGCAGGCACUCCUCUUACAGUGUGCUUAUUACAUUAAUGUGGUUCGUACACUGAUUAGCAACAAUGUGGUUGCUACUAGUGAUUGGCUGUGGCAGAAGCAACUCAGAUUCUACAUACAGAGUUCCAAAGACGUUAUUGCUAAAAUGGGAUUAGCUCAGAUUUCCUACUCGUAUGAGUAUCUCGGGAUUAAUACAGGCCAGUUUGUUCGAACCGAAUUAGCUGAUGAAUGCUUUUUGAUACUGACUCAGUCAUUGCAUCUCGGUUUAAUGGGAAACCCAUUUGGACCAGCCGGGACGGGAAAAACGGAGUCAGUUAAAGCACUGGGUGGUCUAGUUGGACGCUUAGUCCUAGUUUUCAAUUGUGACGAGGCAAUGGACACAGAAUGCAUGGGCCGGCUGCUCAGCGGCCUGGCGUUAUGCGGCGCUUGGGGCUGCUUCGACGAGUUCAACCGGCUGACCGCCGAUACCCUCGCUAAUAUCUCACACCAGCUAGCUUCGCUGCUGACCGCUAUGCGGGAAAACACAGGACAGGCCACAGCGCUGCUCAACGGGAAACAUGUGACCGUAUCCCAAUGGUGUGGCGUGGCAGCGACCAUGAAUCCAGUAGGAAGGGGCUACGGGGGGCGCCGCGCGUUGCCGGCGGACUUGGAGCGCGUGCUGCGGCCCGUGGCCAUGGUGGAGCCGAGGGGAGACCAGCUGGCCAGGCACCUCCUCGCGGCGCAGUGCGUCACCGACGCUGAGGCGCUCGCCGAGGAUUUAUAUGCCGUUUUCUCUAUGGCCAGCACGCUGCUGGGCGGGCAGCGGCACUACGACUGGGGCCUGCGCGCGCUUAAGGCGGCGGUGGGCAGCGCGGGCGCGGCGCUGGCGGCGCGGGACCUGGCCCUGCGCCCGCGCCGCGCCGCGCUGCGCCGAGUGCUGCGCCGCAACAACAUGUCCAAGCUCACCGCCCAAGACAAGGGGAGGUUCGAGAAUAUCUUGUCGCUGGUAUUUGCUGACGUGCCCCACGAGGAGCACGCUACGGACCCGAUAUGUUCCGCCCUUGACGCUUCCGUCGUUUCGCUCGGUCUUGUGCAUAAUAAGCUUCAGGUUCAAAAAUGCGUGGACUUGUAUGAGCAGAUGCAACAGAGAAUGGGCGUGGUCAUAGUGGGACCCCCCGGAUGUGGGAAGUCAGCCAUCAGGAAACUUCUAAAAACAGCUCUUGUGCAACAAGGCCGGAACAUAGUGGAGUACAGGAUCAGCCCGAAGGCGAUGAGCCGCAGCUGGCUGCUGGGCCACAUCGACCCCGACACGCGGCAGUGGAGCGACGGCGUCAUCUCCGCCACCGCGCUGCAGGUGUCCAACCAACCUGCAGAGGUGUGGUCUUGGGUGGUAAUGGACGGCGACGUGGACCCGUCUUGGGUGGAGGCGCUGAACUCGGUGCUGGACGACAACCGGCUGCUGACGCUGCCGUCAGGCUGGCGCAUACAGUUCGGCGCCAACGUCAACUUCCUGUUCGAGACGGACAGCCUGGACCACGCCUCGCCCGCCACGCUAUCCCGGAUGGGGGUCAUUCUGAUGAGUGAAGAAAGCAGCUGUGCAGAAGACGUUAUGGAAAACUGGAUGCGAAAAGCGGAGUUUGAUAAUGAACUGGCAAAGAUGGCACUGUCGUUACUACAGCAAGCCGUUAAGAAAUGCAUCCACUGGUUGAACACACAUAAAUCCGAUGUUGUUAUAAAGAUAUACAAUUUAUCAGUUGUAAAACAUAUACUAACUCAGUUUGAAUACAUUGCUCAGAACGAACUGACCGGCGUCAACAAAACGCCUGAAGAAUUGGUCUACUUGGCCUUAGAAAGAAGUGUUGCAAGCAUCAUCAAACCGAAUGCUAUUGACAAGUUCCAUGAGGAGAUGUCCGACGUCCUGGGCCCGCCGCUGUCGUACCCCGUACUCCCGGGAGGCUGGGUGACGGAAGCACUCUGCUUAUCCCCGCGACUGGCCGCUGUCGAGCCGACAGUCAGAGCCUGUUUCGCAUCUGACGAUUCCCAUCUACUCAUCAUUGGACCUGAUGCUUGUGCCAAGAAUUUGUUAGCUGAGUAUGUCGCCAAAGAGAGCAACGGGACGGUGAUAACCAUAGAUUGCACUCCAAUAUUAGAACCUACCGACAUCAUUGCGGAACUAAAAAGAAACAACGUGGUGGGGUCCGGCGGGCGCGGCGGCGGGUCUCGCUUCACGCUGCUGGUCCGCUCGCUGCACCGCGCCUCCGUCGACGAGUGGGGCAGCAGCGCCGUGUGCUCCUUCCUUCUGCAGCUGAUAAACUGGUCGGGGUUCUGGUCGCUGGGCCCGGAGGAGGGUCCGCAGUGGGCGCACACUGCGCGCGCGCGCGUGCUGGCCACGGCCGCCGCGCCGCCCCGCCCGCGCCUGCACGCCGGCCUGCAGUGCGUGCUGCUGCCAGAACCGGAUGAUGACGAAAUGUUAGAACUGGCAAGAGUUUAUCUCAGACAAAGUACCGACAAAAAUAUCAGCGACACCGAUAUAUCCGGAUUGGCUUCCAGCGUUUUAUCUAUGUUUAAAGAGGUCACGGAAACAUUUCAAAGUAAGCUGCAUUACUACUGGAACGCGUCACAUUUCAAGCAGUGGUGUGAAAAUAUUCAGUGGUAUUCACCAUCCAAUGUGGCAGAAUUGAUUACGGCCAUAGUCGCAGAAGCAAACAGCAUCUUUAAAGACCGGCUAAUAACUGAAGAAGAAAAGGCCACCUACAAUUCAAUAUCCAGAAGGUUCUUUAAAGGUACAUACAACGAAGGAGUGCUGUUUGCGACCAAGUUGCGCAACGAUGGCGUUUACAUGGAAGCAGUGGACCAUAGAGAAUGGUACCACACCACGCAGAAAUAUAUCAACCAGUGCUUGUCGGAACGUGAGCAAAGCGUUUUUGGCGAGGAUGGCGCAGAGGUUUGCUUAGAACUUGCUACGUUGUGUCCAGCGUUUGCUAGAGCGACCUCCGGGGGCGUAGUGGUGUGCGUGUGCAGCGCGGGUGCGGGGCGGCGCGCGGCGGCGCACGUGGCGGCCGCCGCGCUGCCCGCCGCGCUGCUCACCGUCCAUCACCACCUGGACUUCAACAAGCACCUCAAGAAUGCGCUAUCUUCAUCAAGCGAGGGUUCGCGCACAUUGGUAUUAGUUCGGGAAAGUACGGUGAACCACACAACAUUAGCUACUAUUGAGGCUUUGCGUCGUGCGCAAUCGACGCAUUGCAUACCUGCCCACAUUAUGCCGUCGCUUAAUAACACGCAGCAAACACAGGUUCUACAAAACAUAAAACAAAACUUGGGCAUAGUCAUAUGCCUGGACAAAGACCAAGAUGAUCUAUUUGAACUGAUGGAAAGGUUCCCGCUGCUGUAUAAAGACAGCCACCUCAUUUGGAUAGAGCGGUGGUGCGGCGACACCCUGGCGCAGAUGCCUCAGUUGGUCAUUCAGAGAUUAAUAAAAGAGAACCUCUCGGACUCAUCCAAGGAGCAGCACGAAGCGAUACCCGUAGAGGGAUUUGUGAGCAUAUACUCCAGUCUAGAUGUCGAAUGGAUGAAGGCGCCUUGUCGGUAUAUCGGCUUCAUUAAAACUUACUUCUAUAUCGUUAGUAAGAAGAAGGAAGCAUUGGUGCAGAGAAAAAAUAUGCUUUCGGCAGGUGUCGAAGCUCUGAAGCGCGCGCGGAGCGAAGUGGCCACACUCCAAGCAGAGGCGGCUCAGCAAGAGGCAGCCCUAUCGGAGAAGCAAGCCGCCGCAAACCAGGCGCUCGACCAGAUCGGCGCCACCGUGCGCGCCACCACCGACAAGAAGGAGGAGAUGCACGAACUCAAGCAGAGCAUCGAACAGGAGAACGCCAAGCUGCAGAUACGAAAGCAAGAAAUAGAAAAGGAAUUGGCGUCAGUGGAGCCAGUCAUCGCAGCUGCCCGGGCGGCAGUAGGAGACAUUCGUCCGGAGUCGUUAAGCGAAAUCCGGUCCCUACGAGCUCCCCCGGACGUUGUUCGCGACGUACUGGAGGGGGUGCUGCGGCUGAUGGGCAUCGCUGACACGUCCUGGCAUUCUAUGAAAAAUUUCCUGUCAAAACGGGGCGUCAAAGAGGACAUUAGAUGCCUAGACGCGCGGCAGAUCAGCCCCGCGGCGGCGGCGUCGGUGGCCAGGCUGCUGGAGCGGCGCGGCGCCUCGUUCCAGCCCGCCGCCGCGCGCCGCGCCAGCGCCGCCGCCGCGCCGCUCGCCGCCUGGGUGCAGGCCAACCUCGCCUACGCCGCCGCGCUGGACAAGGUGCAACCGCUGCAGCUGCAGCAGGCCCAGCUACACCGAAACCUCCAAGAGGCGGAAGGGCAACUGGCGGCGCUGUCGAGCGGGCUGGCCACGGUGGACGAGCGCGUGUCGGCGCUGAAGGAGCAGCUCGGGCGGCACACGCGCGACGCGGCCGCGCUGGAGCUGCGGCUGAACACCGCGCAGGCCACCAUCCGGGCCGCGCGCGCGCUGCUCGACCAGCUGCGCCACGAGUACGCGGCCUGGGAGACCGAUCUUGAAUACAUAUCGAAGGAGAUAUCGGAAAUAGAUUUGAGAUCUUUGUUAGCUGCUGCGUAUAUCAUCUACCUGCCCGAUGUGACCGAACCUAAAGCUAUGGAGUAUAUCUCCAAAUGGAGUUUGCUGCUAGGUUUCGAGGACCAAUCGUUUUCGCCGAUUAAUUUCCUAGCAAGCACGGAGAAGCAGCUAAAAUGGGAUGCGGACGGCUUACCCUCAGAUACGUCCGCGGUCAAGAACGCCGUUAUCAUUGACCAAUAUCUGGAGUCGAAUAAGUGCGGCUUUAUGCCACUGAUCAUAGACCCCGACGGAGAAGCCAUUGCUUGGCUCAAGAGCACCUUGGCUGAUGUCGCCUGCGACUUCGUGGCGCAAGAUAGCGACCAAUUACAAACAGCUCUGCAAUAUGCCGUGAGGCUGGGCCGCACGCUGGUUAUAACGGAGGUGACGGCGGUCCGGCCGUCGUGGCUGGCGGGGCUGGGCGGGCGCGUGGUGCUGCUGGGCCGCGACGCCGCGCUGGCGGCGCGCCUGCCGCCGCACCAGCGCGCGCGCCUCGCCCGCCUGCUGUUCACCGCGCGCCGAGCCGGCCUCACCGAUCAACUCAUUCAUUACGCACUGCAACAGCAAAACCCUCAGAUCAAUGAAAAAAUGAAGGAAAUAAAAUUAAAGAAAGCUAUCAUGCAAAAACAACAACAUGAACUGCAGGAGAACCUUUUGAAGGAUUUAUCAGCGAAUGGCGAUAUCCUUCACGACUCAAACCUGCUCGCGUCCCUCAACAAAACUCGCGCCACCAGCGCUACAAUCGCCGAGGCGCUCGAGGCAGCUCGCGCCAUCGAGGAUGAAACCCAGGCCGCUAGCCGCGCAUUUGCGCCGUCCGCCUCGCGCGCAGCUAACGUGGCGUUGGCAGUGAAGGAGCUGGCCGCUCGGAGGCCGCUGCUGGCGCUGCACGUGGACGCCGUGCUGCCGCUGUACGGCGCCGCGCUGGCUGGGGGGGAUACGAAAACUGUUAACGAUGAUGAAGUGAUCAAAUAUUUAAUGAGGAGAGUCGUCGAGCGUGUCCUUUUAAGUUUGCACAAAAGGGAUAAAUACAUUGUUGUUCUGCACCUCCUGAGGCAGGUUUAUGACCAUCUUAUACCGGAGAAGCUUUGGCAAAUGUUCAUUGGAAGCAGCGGGUUUGUUGAAGAUGUCACAGUUGUUAAUGAAAUAAAGAAAAUAUAUCCCUGGAUACAAAGUGAAUAUGUUAAGAAAAUAGUGCAACUAAAGAUGACUGAUGAGGAAUUAUUCAAUAAAAUGUGUCUAAACGACGAAGCCGUUUGGAAGAGAUUUCAGAGCUCGGGAGACGUGGCCGACAUCAGCAAAUUGAAUCUCACUGAGUUCGAGGUGGUGUUAGCGGUGGCACUGUUAAGGCCCGAAAGUCUGUACAGAGCCAUUGUCACUUUUGUUGACCAAUUGCUUGGCACGGGGGUGAUGUCGGGCGGGGACACGGUGGGUCGCGCGGCGCGCUGGGGCGGCGCGCGGCCCGUGCUGCUGCUGGGCGCGCACGCCGCCGACGUGCUCGCCGCGCAUGCGCCACACCUCACGCAAGUAGGCAUAGAAGAGGGCCGCGCGGCGUGGGAAGCCGGCGCGGCCGCGGCGCGGAACGGCUGGCUCGCGCUCGUCGUCGGCGCCUCGCCCUUCACGCCCGAGCUGCAGGCCUUCCUCGACGCCCGGGCGAGGGCACCGGUUGAAGAAUCGAACCCCGACUUCCGUCUAUGGAUCGUAUCCGAAGAUCGCGAGAUCCCUCCAGUCAUAGCCAACGCUUGUGUUAACGUCAUUAUUGAGGCGCCCGAAGGCGUGAAGUCCAACGUGCUGAACACGCUGUCGGCGUGGGCGCAGUACUCCGGCGACGUGCGCGUGGUGCGCGCGCAUGCUUGCCUCGCCCUGCUGCACGCCAUCGUCCAGGAGCGCCGAGCUUACAUCCCGCAAGGCUGGAGCCGGUGGUACGCGUGGGAGUGGGGCGAGGUGCGCGCGUGCACGCUGGCGCUGCGCUCGGGCUGCGCGCCAGGCUGCGCGCGCGCGCUGGUGGGCGCGCUGUACGGCGCGCGCGCGGCGGCGGCGCCCGACCGCGCGCUGCUGCGGGCGCUGCUGCGCGCCUGCCUCGCCGAGCCCGCCAGCGCGCACGGCUGGCCCGGGCCCGCGCCGCACCACGCGCCGCUGCGGCUGCCCUUCACUACCGAACUACAGGCCUACAGCUCCGCAUUCAACGAGCUGCCCGACAUAGACUCGCCGCAACUGUUGGGCCUGCCCGCUAACUGCCGGCUGGCGUGGGAGAAGAACGCCGCCGAGGAUAUCAUUGCGGGACUGAAGGAGCUGAACUCGACUGUGGUGACGAGCCGACAACGCGGAGAUUCUACAGCCCUAAAGAGCCUCCUAGCUCUGUGGAAGAAGCUCAUGUCCGGCAACCCUCUCCUCAAGGGAGAUUAUCAACCGGAACAGGAGAGCGGCGGCUGGUGGGGCGCGGUGGUGGGCGGCGAGGCGCGCGAGGCGGCGCACGCGGCGCGCGCGCUGCACGCGGCGCUCGGCAAGCUCGCGCGCAAGCAGCACGCGCACCACGCGCUGCUCAGGACUCCAGAAGAAUGGCAGCUGCUGUGGUCCGGGCCCGAGGCGCCGGAGGCUUACCUCAAGGAGUUCUGUCACCGCGCGCUCGCCGCCGCGCGCAACCUCGCGCCGCUCCACGAUGACUACAUGCCUAAAGAGGUGGACCUGCGCUGUUUCCUGCGGCCGGAGCGCGUGCUGUGCGCGGUGCGCGCGCGCGCCGCCUCGCGCCUCGCGCACGCCUCGCACAAACUCACGCUACAAGCUGUCUGGGAUCCCGCCGAGGGCGGCGACGGCGACGGCGACUCUGCGCUGGGCGUGGUGGGGCUGCGGCUGACGGGCGCGCGCUGGGACGCGGCGGCGCGCGCGCUGCGGCCCUGCACGGCCGCCUGCGCGCCGCACCGGCCCGCGCCGCGCCUGCUGCUGCGCCUCGACCGGGAGUCCGCGUUGUGUUCGGAGACUUGGUUCGAGAUCCCCGUGUACAACAACGAAGCCCGCGAGCAAGUGAUAUUGACCGCCCGGGCGCCGCUCCACCACACCUUGUCGCGAGACGCCGCGCUGCUGAACGCCGCGGCGCUGUACGUCGCGCAGGCGGACUAGACCACACACCACGUCACCAGUACCA